CAGUGAGUUUCGUUCUCAGUUUUGCGAUAGCUCUCAUUCUGGUAAGAUCUCUGUAGCUACGUGGAUCAUCUCUGAUUGUAAAAUUGCUGAUUUUUAAUCCGAGACUAUUAACAACUAGAGACUGAAAAAGACUCUAGAGCAUUCAGCAGAAUAAUGAAGUGGACUGUUUUGCUUGUGACCCUGGCCGGCCUUUUUCUUUCCGGACAAUCUGAAGACGUAGUGAAAUUUGACCAGGAAAAAAAUUGGGAAUCUGCUGGUUUUUACGAUUUCUCGGCGAAAGAUAUCGACGGAAAUGUCGUACCUCUAUCGAAAUAUAAAGGAAAAGUUCUCAUUGUCGUUAAUGUCGCCAGUAAUUGCGGAUUGACUGAUACCAACUAUAAACAGCUUCAGGCCCUUUAUCUAAAAUACGGAGAACAAGGUCUGAGUAUUCUUGCAUUCCCCUGCAACCAAUUUAGUGGUCAGGAACCAGGAACCUCGGCAGAAAUCAAGGAGUUUGUUAAAAAAUACGAUGUAACCUUUGAUAUGUUCGAGAAAAUCGAAGUAAAUGGCGAUAAUGCUCAUCCUCUCUGGAAAUGGAUGAAGAGUCAACCCAACGGAGCUGGAACUUUCACCCAGGCCAUCAAGUGGAACUUCACGAAAUUUGUCAUCGACAGAAAAGGACAAGUUGUUGCCAGAUUUGCACCCAGUACUGAACCAAACGACAUGGAAGAAACCCUUCUGAUGUACCUCCAGAAGAAGGAUGAAUUAUAGGGUUAGUUUUCCUAUUUUCACUUUUUUUUUUGUCAGUUUUAUAGAAUUGAUCACUUGUCGACUUCUAAGAGAAGAAAUUGAAUUUGAUAGGAUAGAAUAAGAUAAGGAUUUUUGUGAGAUUGAAUUUGAAGUUUGACAUCUAAAAUGUGAAUGAUGCUGAAUAAUAAAAUGUGGUUGAAGUUUGUUUUACAA